ACACACACAGACAUGUUCAUACACACACACACAGAAACAUGUACACACAUGCACAGAGACACAUGUACACACACAUACAGACACAUGUAUGUACAUACACAGAAAUACACAUGCACAGACACAUGUACAUACACACAGACACAUGUACAUACACACACAUGUACGUACAUACACACAAACACACACAUGUACAUGCACAGACACAUGUACAAACACACAUACAUGUACACACACACACACAGAGCCCUAUAAAAAGUUGCAGUACUUUGUUGUUAACUCACAGAGCCGGGUAUUGCACUCUAGGGGGAGGCAGAGAGCACAGCACACACUCCUUCAUUUGCUUUCACGGCGCUCAGCUAUUGAGCAGUCUGACGGCUCCCAGUGCCACUGACAGAUCCGGCCUAAGCUCCGAGCCUGCUCAGCAAGAUGGCCCUGGGGAACACACUCGCCCCCACCAUAAUUUCCACUGGCCAUUGGCGAGCAGGCGAGUAGAAUUUCAAGGCCUGAUC